ACAUGGCCCCUUACGGUAAAACGGGAGUUGGAGCCAGCUUCUUCCGUGUUCUGGGCACCAGUUACAUCUCACACCACGACGACUGCUUCGAAAAUGCGCAGAUAAUACAUCUGCGUAACUCGCAGAGAAAGAAAAGAAAACGCACGGAAUUAAAAAAAGAAAGGACGGUAUCCACAGGCUGGACGCUGUGAUUUAAGGACAUUCUGACGGGAACAUUUAAAAUGAGGCCACCGAAAAAAAAUCGGACGCGCAUAGCAUUGGAAACAGGACGGGGUUUUUGCGCAUUUCCAAAACUGGAGUUGGCUAGCCGCUAGCUCCUGCGCUUACCAGAGACAAGGCAGUGCUCUCUUCUGACGAUGUCCCAUCCUUGCGCUCCUAAUUUACAUAUUGUCAGAUAUGAAAAACGCAAAUAGAAGAACGAAUACAUUAAAGAAUGAUUAAAUGCAGUCAAGAGCAGUGGACCUCUGCAAUCCACAGGCAGCAUGAGAUGCACCAAAUACUUGAAACACAGACAGCAAAAUUAUUCCAAAAGGCAUCGCCUCCAGAGCCCAGUUUGCAAGAAGCUAAUUGGAGGCUUUAAAGAACUCCCUGUCUGAACCACCCCCUCCUCCCAGAGCUCACUUCUGUCAUUGUUUUGGUCUUUCCAGGAUGGAGUCUUUAUUGUCAACAGACCUGCACGUUUUUCCCACCCUGAAAACAGAUCAAAUCAAAGCCGAGAAAGAGGACUGGGAGGGGUUAUACUCAAGCCUCGCUGACAGAAAUCCCUGUGGAAGUGAAGCUUUUGAACACCUCAACGCUACAGACAAGGCCUGCGGUACUGUUCUGAAACACGGUCAAAUAAAAACUGAGGCUGGCGAGCUGGAGGGUCUGAGUUGUGGAGGACACACUGGCUCUGACGUAAAGAUAGAAUGCACAGAACUAGAUCACAUAAAGGCAGAAACAGCAGUUGUCCACAGAUCUGAGAAAUACAGGAGAGACUUAGCUGCUGUCAGUGUAGUGUUUAAUCAGACUGCAACACGGCGCACAAAAAAAGGUCCGUCUGAUGCUGUGAGGGAGGAGUGGCCAUGUCUGCAGUGCAGCAGGACUUUCAGCAAGGAAAGGUACCUGAAGACGCACAGGAAAGUUCAUCUUGGGAAGAAAAUUCAUAUUGAGGAGAAGUUGCACACUUGCACCGAAUGCAAGAAGACUUUCAGCCGAUUAGGUAACUUAAAAUCCCAUAAGCUUAUUCACACAGGAGAGAAGUCGUACUCUUGCGAUGAAUGUAAUAAAAGCUUCAAUAGACUGGGGAAUUUAAAAAUCCAUCAGCAAAUCCACAAGGGAGAGAAACCAUACCAUUGCACCGAGUGUGGGAAGAUUUUCAGUAACUCAGCACGCUUAAAUGAACAUCAGCGAAUACAUACAGGAGAGAAACCACACACUUGCACAGAGUGUGGAAAGAGUUUCAGACUGUUAGUAAUAUUAAAAGAACAUCAAAGAAUACACACAGGAGAGAAACCUCACACUUGUAAUGAGUGCGGGAAGAGUUUCAGGCAAUUGGUAACUCUAAAACAACAUCAGCGGAUUCACUCAGGAGAGAAGCCACACUCUUGCACUGAAUGUGGGAAGAGAUUCAGACAGUCUGGUAGCCUACAAAAUCAUCGAUCAAUUCACAAGUCAGAGAAAUUACACUCAUGUGUGGACUGUGGGAAAAGUUUCAGUCGUGCUGGAAGUUUAAAAGAACACCAGCGAAUACACACAGGAGAGAAACCAUACUUUUGUUCUGAAUGUGGGAACAGCUUUAGUCAUUUGGGGCAUUUGAAACAACAUCAGCAAAUGCACACAGGAGAGAAACCAUAUUCUUGCUCUGAAUGUGGCAAUAGUUUUAGAACAUUGGAAUAUUUGAAAGAACAUAAUAGACUUCACACAGGAGAGAAGCCAUACUCUUGUUCUGUAUGUGGGAGGUGUUUCAGAGUUUCUAAAAAAUACAAGGAACACCAGCGGAUCCACUCUGGAGAAAAACCAUACACUUGCAAUGUGUGUGGAAGAAGUUUUAGGCGGUUAGGACCAUUUAAAGAUCAUCAGCAAAUUCAUACAGAUGAGAAGCCACAUGCUUGCAUUGACUGUGGAAAGAGUUUCAGAUUACUGAGAAGCUUAAGAAGACAUCAGCAAGUUCACACAAAAGAUAAACCUCAUUUGUAAGGGUAGGCAAAUUUUUGAGGCAAAGAGGACACACUCUUACUGUAGCUGUGGAAAGCAGAUCCAGGUCAGUUAUGCACGUAUAAUGCUAAUUCUGUGCUGUUGAAAUUACCCCAUCUUUUCAGUAAAAGAAGAUGUCACGGUUUUACAGUAUUUCACAUGGUCUCCCAGUUUCACAGUCAAUUGAUUAUAUAACAAUUAUGGAAAGAUCAACUUAGCAUUGUUUGAUGAAUACACCAGUGUGUCACCAGAUAUUGUGUGGGGACUUAGAAAUGAGCCUGCAGUACUCCUGGCACAAACACCUAACACACAGGCCGUGCUGUCCUGGUUAUAGUUCUAUAUUGUCAUUGAUCAAUUGGAUGCAUACGACACUAGCCCAUGCUUAAGCAGCUAAUCAAUCAACCAACAGUAAAAUUGCCAUGUAAAACAAUAACGGGAGAGCAUGUGAGAUAAUUAAAUGUAACUUAUGGAAUUAUAUUUACACUAUACCUGAUUUAUAAGUCAUUUUGCCUGUCAGGUAACCUGAGGAAAAAUCCAAACAUGACUUUGUUGGCUCGAUGGACAUUUUUUCUGACAGACUCUUCAGAUUUGAUAAAGCCACGUGUCAGCUGAAAUCUGCAAUCAAUUCAGAACAAGUAGAAGUAAAAACAAAAAUAUACUAAUGUUGCUCGGCACAAAAAUCAUCACUCUGUUGCCACUGGUUUUGACUUGCAGGCUUGAUUACAGUACGUAUUAAUUAUUCAGCUGUUUGCUUUAAACUCUGAUCAGCUUUGAGCAACUUCGGUGAGCAGUUUGCAAAGUUUAGCACCUGGGCCAAGUUUGUUCAACAGCUCUCUCUCUCAUGUACAUAAAGCUCUGUUUUAAAUAACACAACUCUUUAUUGUUUGUCUUUGCAAAGGCUUCCAAGGGUACUUUUUGAAAGGUAAGUGAACAGGCACUGUGGAGAAGAAGGCAAGUUUGUCUCCAGAUGCAACACCUUGCACCGCCAACAGAUUAUAUUUCUUUGAAAAUGACCACAACAUUGACUUGUGAUAUUGGAGGUCAUUCAAUCUGACUACUGUGGCGCUUACAUUUUGUACAACAAAUUUCAGUAACAAUUUCUUUUGUUUUCAUUCAUUUACUAGUAAAUUCACAAUGAUCUGCCAGCACUAAAAUGCUGACAUCUGCUUCAGUUUCAUUAGACAGAACUAAGGGGAAAAGGCCAUGUCUGUGACAU